AUGUCUUCACCUCAAAUGGAUCGUUAUGGGUCGCAAAAGACGACGAAUGCGCAAACCAUCGUACUCAUCAUGAUGUCUCCCAAGCAACUCCCCGAUCGAGCUUUGGAGAAGCGUGUUGCCACACCUUUGGGUAUGCCGAGCUUGAACGGUUCUUCGAUGAGCUUCUUGCGCCGGUACUAUCAUCACACUCUCGUGAGGUUGUUACUUGAUAAGCACUGCUGA